UGAAACCCAGCACUGAUCUACUUUUAGAUAAGUAUAUCUUCACCCACUUCCGGUUGAGUGAUCUGUAUAAAAGAGACCCCUGUACUCUGUCUGUCUGUCUCAUGAUGCUCCUACAGCUGUCCCUGUUGUGUCUCCUUCUCCAGGAGCGUCUCCCUCCUACAGGAGCGUCUGAGAGCGGCAUCCUGGGAGGGAAGACAGCCAAACCUCACUCCCGGCCCUACAUGGCCUCACUGCAGGUCCGUGGCGCUCACACAUGUGGGGGCUUCCUCAUUCGGGAGGACUUCAUCCUGACUGCAGCACACUGUAUACUCAGGAAGAAUGCCAGUUUAGAUGAGAGAGUGAAGAACAUAAACCUACCAUCAGAGGGGGAAAACAUCUCAAGUCAUACCCAGUGUCUGAUUCCUGGGUGGGGAAGGAGAAAACCUGGUGGGGUAGCGGAGAAGAUCCUUCGAGAAGUCUCCGUUUCCAUCAAGACUGAUAAAGAGUGCAAGAAGUGGUGGCAGAAGUACUACCAGCCCAAACGAAUGCUGUGCACCUUUGAUAGUAAGAAGGGGAUCUGUCAGGGUGACUCUGGUGGACCCCUUGUUUGCAAGGACACGGCCUAUGGAAUUGCAGCAUUAACAGCCCCCAAUUGCAAUCUGUCAUAUCCCAGCAUUUACACGAAAGUUUCCUCUUUCAUCGCCUGGAUAAAUGAAAUAAUGAAUGAGAAAUAUUAAAUAAAAUGCUCAAAGAAAAAAAAAAAACGGUAACACCUAAGGCCAUAUUUUUAGCAAGUUAUAAACAGGCAUAACACAUUACAGCCCUGUUUAUUAUGCUGUAUAACUGCCUUAUGAAGCUCUCAUCUAUAGGGCACUAUAGAUACCCUUAACACUCAUACCAACCAGUAUACUGCACUAUAAUGCUAUCUGUAGUGCAUUAUAGAUGAUAGCUUCAUAAAGCAUUCAUAAUGCAUAAUACAUGGCUAUAAUGUGUUAUGCCUAUUGUUGAAUAUUUAUAGCCAUGUUUAUAAUGCUCUGUUAAUGCAUUAUUAUUAUUUGUUACGAAUGUGUUUAUAAAUUAUAAAAAACAUGGCCUUAAGUUUUACAAAAAAAACCCCAUUAUAUUAACAUAUAAUGUAACAUAUAACCUAUAA